GAGAAGGCCAUCAGCAUCUGGGAGUCCAAGAAUUUCUUCUUUGAACUCGAGCCUCUGCCAGGAGCUGUGGAAGCUGUGAAGCAGAUGGCCAACCUUCAGAAUAUGCCUGGGUGGAGAAGCACUUUGGCCCUGACUUUCUGGAGCAGAUUGUGCUGACCAGAGACAAGACCGUAGUCUCCGCUGACCUCCUCAUAGAUGACCGGCCAGACAUUAUAGGCGCUGAGCCACACCCCAGCUGGGAGCACGUCCUGUUCACUUCCUGCCACAACCAGCACGUGCGGCUGCCUCCCUCUCGCCGCCGGCUGCACUCCUGGGCGGAUGACUGGAAGGCCAUUCUGGACAGCAAGCGGGCCCGCUGACUGCCGCCGGGCUCCUCCCCACUGACUCCAGUGCUCCUGCUCAGCGCCUGUGGGCCCGUGGCUCCCUCCAGGCGCGGGGGCCAAGACCACCUCCUGCUGCACGCCCCUUCCCCGGCCCUGCCAGGCCUUAACCUGCUCUUGGAGUAGGGCUGGGCCUCCGGGCCCCUGGACAGAGACACGUGCACCUAGGAAGUUUGGACUGACCUCAGGGAGCGGCCCAGGCUGCCAGGGGCCCUGCGGCUCACUCCAGGGAGUUGUUCUGACCAGCAGCCCUGCCUCCUCGCCGGGGGAGGUCCCUGAACGGUCAGGGCGCCCUGGCCUCUGGGUCUGCUGCUGUCAGCAAGAGGUGCUGGCUGGGAAUGUGGCAGCCGAGGUGCUUCCUGGUGGGCUGAGGCCCUCACAGUCCUGACCACAGCACCCAUCCUACUCGCCCGGCCUGUCUGGGCUUCCCAAACGACUUGUCAUGUGUUCAGCAAACACCAGGCCCUGCCCACAACCAGCUCCAAGGUAUUGCUGCUCCAUCCUUGGGCCGCUGCUCAGGGCCCAACAGAGAGUAGGCUGAGUGUUUGUUGAAUGCAUGAGAAAUAAAUGCUGUUCACUUAUGA